CAUGGGUCUCACAAUUCGACAGAAGGGUGCCCGAUGCUGCAGCAAAUCCGCUGUCGCACACUUUCCUCUCGCGCUGUGAGCUACCCGAGCUACGUCAAGAUAGUGGAAGUUGGUCCUCGCGAUGGCCUACAGAACGAGAAGACAGUAGUCUCCACAGAAGACAAAGUCAAGCUGAUCAACUUGCUGUCCGAAGCUGGCCUUCCAGUUGUUGAAGCCACAUCGUUUGUCUCGCCUAAGUGGGUCCCUCAAAUGGGCGACAAUGCCGAAGUCAUGAAGCAAAUCAAUCGCAAGGAAGGAGUGUAUUACCCUGUCUUGACUCCCAACCUCACGGGCUUUGAAGCGGCCAUCAAAGUCAACGCGCACGAAGUUGCCAUUUUCGGCGCUGCCUCCGAGUCGUUUUCGCGCAAGAACAUCAACUGUUCCAUCCAAGAAAGCCUCGACCGGUUCCAACCCGUAUGUGUAAGGGCGCAAUCGCUCGGCGUUCGAGUCCGAGGGUACGUGUCGUGCGUCCUGGGGUGCCCGUACGAAGGCCCGAUCAAACCUUCCACCGUCGCAAAAGUCGCCAAGACGUUGCUCGACAUGGGUUGCUAUGAAAUUUCCCUUGGCGACACGAUUGGUAUCGGGACGCCAGGCUCAACGCUGAAGAUGCUGCAAGCGACCAAAGAAGUUGUGCCUGUGGAGCAGCUGGCGGUGCACUUCCACGACACGUAUGGCCAAGCGCUGGCGAACAUUCUUGUGGCCCUUCAAGUAAGUGACUUUGCAAUGUGCGUUGACUCGGAUGGCUGCGUGUGCAGGAAGGCGUAUCGGUCGUCGACAGUGCCGUAGCUGGGCUUGGCGGGUGUCCUUAUGCCAAGGGGGCGUCUGGAAACGUUGCCACUGAAGACGUCGUGUACAUGUUGCAUGGUCUUGGCAUCAAAACGGGUGUCGAUUUGGACAAACUCCUUUCUGCCGGCGAUUUCAUCUCGUCGGUGCUGGGGCGACCCACCAAUUCCCGCGUCGCACGUGCAAUGCAAAAACCGUCCAAGCUUUGAAGAUGGCUUCCACUGGCAGGAGCAUCGUUGCUGCUGGUGAUUCUUCUGCUACUGUCAGUGGUCGUUUGUCUACAUCAGUAGAAUUGCUUGUCUUGGGUGGCUCCAGCCUCCUGUUCUUGCUGCAAAAUAUAUCGGACUAAAAAAAUGCGCUGUCUAAACUGCAGAAAUUCGGGGGUC